CAGGCGAGGCCGACGGCGAUAGAUGACAGGCGAGGGGAGGCUGGAUUCGCGCAGGUCUCUCCCCAUUGUGCAGCCGAGAGGUAGGGAUUUGAUGGAGCUCUGGAGCACUGGAGGGCUUCGACGAUGGUGCACGACAGUUGCAGCUUUCGACGCGUUCGUGGGCUCUGGUUGGGGUCAGAUGCGAGCCUCGAGCUUCAAGAGCGCAGCCUUUCCAAGUGUCGAGCGGCUUCGAGGCCACCAGCGUCGUCACCAGGGUCCACUCUUUCCUCAGGAGCUUGCAAGUUGGCAACGUGGGGGCCCAGAGCCCUGCCCCUACCUCCCCUCCCCGGCGGUGGGGAGGGAAAGCUAGGGCUUUCUGCUGGACAUCAUCUCCGAGGCCGCCAGUGAGAGCCCUCGAUUUCUCGACAACUAGCUCGUUAGGAAAGAUCCCCAGACCUUCGCGCAUCGCCUCCGUUAGAGCAAAGAUAUCAUGAGCCGGAAUACUAUGAAGUCCACGCUGAUCAUUUGAUCUGGGAUUCUGUGGACUCCAGGAUCAACAUUUGGCGGCACAUGGAGACUCCAACUCUGGUCGAGAAGAACUCGCCCCACCCCACCAUGGUUUGGGUUUGCAUCGGCGAUCUUUAUGAAAAGUAGGAACCUGUGGAUUCGAUCUGACGAUGCCAAAGUUGAUUAAGAUUCCUCAUGAAGUCUUCGGUGGUCGGGUUGGACGACAGGAAGAGACAUACAACUUUCUCAAACAGCUACGAAAAUUGUAGACGCUUCAGUGAUUUCUACGAUUUCGGAUUCGAAACCAGCAAGAAUGGCUCUGAUCAGCCAGAGUAGACACUAGACUUAUGGAAAGUUCAUGAGCUGGAAAUUCCAUGACUAUCCCUUAAAACGUCACACAAGAACACAAUAUUGAGCCCUUGCGCUUUCUAAUGUGAACCCAUGUGGAAAAGAUUAGGUAAGGACCGGCAAAAAGAAGGCUUAUCUCCCACGACUUGUCACAUCUCCAGCCUUAUACAUGAUACGCAGGACAGACCACUUUACCCAUGAUAUACAAGCGGUAGAGACUAGGGAUCAACGUUAUUUGUGUUUGGGCAAGAUUGUCUCCAGAUUGGCCGGAGUCUGGCUGUUUACUGCUUUAACUCGCACUGGGAAGAUGAAUUGUCAUUGGAAGUACAUGUUACCUGCCAUAGCAGAUGUACAUUGUGUACUGGUAUCAUGUAGUGAUAACAAGCUUGGAUUGGGGAACAGACAUACAAAUCUGCAUUGUAGAUCGAGCGGUCUCCAAGAUGUACAUUCCUAUCUUUUUCAGGUGGUAACCAAACAUGAUUGGGGGAUGUGCAGGACAAAGAUCAAGCCUUGAAUUUAUUAUGAUGAAAUGUAAUGGGAUAUAAUGCAGGUAUGCAGUACAUCCAUAAGAGAAAUAAUUGAGGUAUGGAUGAAAUGCAUACCUGCAAACCAUCCAUUUGACAGGAUUUAAGAUUUGGUGAGUAUACUACCUCCUAUUUUUGAGGUGGCCUCUCGAUUGGCAGGUGAGCAGAAUACCUGAAACCUUGUAUCUGUCCUUUUUCUCUUUAGUCACGUUUCAAAAUAUUGAAGCUCUCGAGGUAUGUGGUUAGAUCCCCUCGUCGCCUAUUCGUUAAGGGUUGCUUUCUUUCUUCAGCCUUAAAUCACUACGUGGGUGUAUUAGCCAUAGUCCAUGUCACUUAAGAAAUGCAUCUUACAUCUCCCUUGCUACAGAAAUGCAUCUUUCAGUGACUGUUGUAUUGCAUGAUCUGAAGGUAUAUCUGCAUGUGUGUUGGUCAAUUUUGCGUUGUCAGUCAGAGGCAGCGCUUAUAAGCAUGAUUUUGUAGCCUAUCCUGUAACAACAGGGAUCGUGCAGAAGAGGUUUUCCAGAAUAUUUCUCAACGAAAACCAUGAUAAUCGA